AUGGGGCUAUUUGCUAGCAGACAAAAUGCCACCGUCGAGGAGACCGAUGUGAGCCUCAACCAUCUGUACAAGUAUCCGCCACGGUCGGGCAACUACUUUGGAACGCAUUUCAUAAUGGGCGGCGAAAGGUUCGAUACACCGCAGCCAGAAGCGUAUCUGUUUGGUGAGAAUGCGGAUUUGAACUUUUUAGGAUCCAAACCUACACCCUUUCCCUACCCACCGCCACAAGCGACGGAACCAACGAAAACAUUGAAGAGUCUUGUAAACAUUCGCAAAGAAUCGGUUCGGUUCGUGAAGGUACUUGACGGUGGUAACAGUGCCAAGCCGAUUGGUUGUACGGCGGGCUCCGAUGGAACUGGAAAGACUAAUCCAACGAACAACGGCAGUAUCACCAACGGUUACAACAUUGAGUUUAUCUUCGAUGCUGACUCCGCUUGCCAAAUUACCAUCUACUAUUUUUGUAUCGAAGACAUCGGACCGGGUGGACUGAAUUACAUCUCGCGCGAUUCCUCCAUGACGUCGGAAACUUUUCACUUCCAGCGCGGUGUGAACCAACUGUUCUCUGCACCCCAUCACAUCAUCUAUCCGGCAAUGUAUGCGGAGGACGAUCUGUCGUACAGUCCCGAAAAGGAAACGUUUCCGGUCGUCAUUCACUGUGUGGUCGGUGAGGGAAACAGUACCACCCUGAAUAACGUCGGCAACAAUGCGACCAACGGAGCCAACACGACCAUCUCUUCCAGCGUAGGCACCGGUGGAGAUGGUGCCGAUGGGAACGGUAGCCGCCAGUCGCAUGCUACGAUCUGUGUCAUCGAUCACCAUUCCGACGGAACGUAUGCGCUGCGGGCACUGAAGCAAAAGAUAUUCGUCGAUGGAUUGUACUAUUUGCUGCAGGAGAUCUACGGCAUUGAGAACAAGCUCGCGAACAAAUCGGUCACGGACGAGGAGACGGAAGAUAAUGGCAGCGAGUGUGUCAUCUGCAUGUGCGAUACACGCGACACACUCAUACUGCCCUGUCGGCAUCUGUGCCUGUGCAACUCGUGUGCGGACUCGCUGCGCUACCAGGCUAACAAUUGCCCGAUCUGUAGGGCUCCGUUCCGUGCGCUGUUGCAGAUACGGGCCGUACAGAAGGACGGUGGUGGCGGUGGUCCAGCGUGUGGCGGUAGUGCACCGACGGCUCAAAAUUCGGCCGAUAGCGCUGAUAACAUUCCUGCCGGUUACAAGACCAUAUCACUGAUUGAGGCACUAAACGGGCCUACAGUUUCUGUGAAAGCGAUAAACGGUAGUAACGACUCAACCGCUGGAACAGAAAAUGGUAGCGAGAAUAAUCGGAAUACCGAGAAUGGGUACGCGUUCCGCAACAAAAUGACCAAGUCAGGUACGGACCAUAGCAGCAAUGGUGAGCUCGCUAAUGGAAGUAUAGUUUCGGAAAAAUCAUCGUCCGACAUUAGGAUGCAUUUAUUAGCUUCGGAUGAAACGAACGCCAUUGCCGAAGCUGGCACGGGCGGAUCUAUCGCUGGUGGCAUUGCAAAUCCAGCUACCGUUUGUACUAAGAAGGAGCUGCUUUCCAAACAUUCGCCCCUGAUGCAGCGUGCCCCGGUAAGCAAGGAUAAGAACCCGCGUGAAAAAGGUAGCCUUCACCGUACUGGAAACAGCACUGGCAACGCUAGCAAUGGGAACAGCUGUUUGGUUUUGGGGAAAACAAAAUCGCCAUCCGAUCGGUCGAUUGGUUUCCAUCUGGUGCACGAAAAACCGGCCCCGAUUGCGGUCGGUGUGCCCGGCGGAAAGAUGGCAGAUGCCAAACUGACCGAGCUGGCGGAAAACGAUGACGAUAGUGAGGCGGAGAAGCUGUCGCCUUUGCUACGGAAAUCGGACAGUUACGAUGCGGGGAAAAAGCUUUCCACACACGGGGACAGUGCAAUGAAGAAGCUGCUGAUUGGCGGAACCGGAACGGUCGGUGUGGAGCUGAACGAAAAAACCUCACCCUCCGCUGUGAUAACGGAGCUGCUGAAGGGCGCCAUUAUUGGGAGCGAUGAUAUCGGGGGAGAUGGCAACACGGAGGUGGCCCUGGUCGGGGGAACAAGGGGCACCGGUAUCGGUGGAGGGGUCGGUGCGGGUGGUGCUAUUAUAUCGAUCGUUACGGAUGACUCGGAGGAUUAUUAUACGCCCGAAGAUCCUCCGGCAACGAGCCCGCUGAAAUCGAUCGACGAUGAUGAUGAAUUGCCGAAGCUGGCGGAAAUUGAUACGGGGCGGAAGUUGCUGGUAGGUUCGGUAACAGCAGCACCGGUUUCGGCACCACCUGCUGCACUGUCGGUGCUGAAGGAAGAGUUCUCGCAGGGUUCGCUGCCGGACAGUCCGAUCAGUGGCAACUCGCAAACUUCAACUCGCAGUUCGAGCGAUAGUUACUCGUCUAGUUCCAGCACACGCCAGCUGCUAUCGUCGGGCGCUGUUCCGAACGACACUCCCACACACGUGCUGAGCUCGUGUGAUUCUACCGCCAACGGACAUAACAGUGUUUCGAAAGUUGCCGAAUGUGGUAUCGAGAGUGAUUAA